UUUGCCCAAUCUCGAAUUUAGACAUGUUUUGUACUCAAACGCAUCCGCCUUUGGUCUGUAUCAAUCGGCUGGCCUAACACAGUUUAUCUUCCUCCAAACAGUUCAUAUUUUCGCGGUUCAACGCGGAGCGAUCUAUGACAAUCCUCUAGCAGAUUCGUUGCUCAUUCUUUUGGAAACCGAAUCCCCAAUUCUAUGUAGGCUAGUUCAGCCGACGUCGUGUGCUUUCCUGUUAACUGUCACCUUCAACAUGCCGUGAUUAGUUUCUCACGGGCGGAAUGCCAAACUGAUUCAGUGCAGGCAUUGGAACUCAUGCAAGUCAGACGCGUGGCGAUUGUUGAUAAUUGGCGAUUCAGUGCGCCCGUGUUCGCACCCGUACACUAGACCCGUACAUUCUUAAAUGAUGUGUUAGCUAUAUUUACGGAAAUAGCUCCGUUGACGAAAACUCUAUAAAUAUUUAUCGUAAUAGGUAUGUAUGCAAGGUGUUUUGCAUUGAUUCGAUUCUCCACUUCAUAAACAGCUGACUGUACCGGCUGAGAAGGACAGCUUCCACUACUGUUUGGAGUCUAAUACCCGUUUAACGAAAUUAGAAAGAUUUUAUCUGCGUUCUAAGUCCCGAAUUCUUGCCGAUCAACUAAUGUCUCGCAUACUGACUCAACCUACUUCAGUUUCUGCGUUUUUAUUUGCUGCUUGUAACUUGCACACGAGAGCUAAAUCGAAAUAUUAAAAUUAGCGAACUCCCUGGACAGUGCUGAACUAGUUGAGCGCGCCCGGUGCGACGGCCUUAGUACUCGAAAUUAUAAACAGGCGGCGAGUGCUGGUUCUGCUAUAAUUGCCAUAAGAAUCGCCGUCUUUAGUAAACGUGUGAGUCAGUUGUACUGUGGAGCUCUCGCUGUGUGGUGGACCAAAGAGCUGUGUGUAAUAUAAACGUAUAAAGACUUAACGAUUUCAAAGAGUUAAGUGCGUGUUCAUCUUUUUGUCAGCUUGAACUUCCAUGUCCUCCGGGGCUUGAUUAAGGUACCCAGUGCAUCAAUAAUCAUAACACUGCGGCCGUUGCCAUGAUGUAGUCAUUGUUUUCGUCCUAAUAUAUAAUACCUUCUGUAUCUUUAAGGUUAAAGCAUCACUAUUUCGUAUAAGAUUGUAUAUUUGUUAAUAGCAUAGAUGAUUCUGUGACUCACAGCAAACCUGUAGCUUCGCACACCUGUUAGAUACACAGACAUCUCUGUCAAAUGGAUUUGCGCGGUUUGUGUUUGUCGAAAAAGGGGCUCACUGUACCUUACCUCAAUCAUUUGUGAGCCAGAACAACUUUCUAUGAUAGUUUUAAGCUUUUUUAGGUUAGUAAAAAGUAGGUGGCAUUAUAUGGAUAUUGUCAACGCCAUAAUUGUCUAUCAAUCUAGAUCAGUUUAUUAGUUCGGUUACUCUUGCUUUGCAAAAUGCGGUAAUGCAUUAGAAAAAUUCUUUUGCGGAAGUGUAGUGAAUAUUUUACGAUUGCGACGUAAUGUGAACUUCAAUAAACUGCGAAGGUCGCUGCAAGGAACUCUUGGGACAUGAUAGGUCGUGGGCAAUCACAGACUGUAGGGACACUAUUGAUACAAAACCGUUUCAGCUUUCGAAAGUUAGCGGAUGUUUCAUUUAUUAGAAGCGGCCAGUAAGAUAUAGCUUCUCCAAUUUUAUUUCGCUAAAGCUUUUACAACUACAAGUUGUGUCUGCAUCUGGGAAAAUAUUUAGGGAUAUUUACAUUUCUUUUGUUGAAAUCAAUAGCGGGUUUAUUUCGCUUGAAUAAUAACGAUUGUUGUCGUGAGAUACAUUUUGCCGCAAAGCAUUACUAAAACACUUUGUGAUUGAUACACUUUGUGCAUCAACCUUUCAAUCAGGUUAUUGCAUCACUCGCUCGACUGAUACAGUCGCAUGUGUUUUUGCACAGUGUAAUAAGCACUACAAAGUUAGAAGAACAUAAUAAUUGCAGCGCCGAUUAACUUUUUCCAGAAUAUAAUGAGUGAACAAUGAGUGCGCAUUUAAAAUUGCCCCUUUUGUAGAUCACUAGCAGCGUCUUUUACGUAUGUUUAUGUAUAGAUGGGUACGCAGAUUAUUACUAUUCAUGGCAGGUUUUUCAACAUAAAAGAAAACACCUAACUGAGAAAUGGAUCAGAGUUUUUCACAGUGUGAGAACAGUAAAGCGACGGUUAAAGACCAUCUAAGCAAAUUCAUUGCUGCUUGCCAACUAGCAGUAUUCCGAUAAUCCACGCGUGUUGUCUUGCCGUUGCUAUUAGCCACACCAACCUCAGAUUAUUGGGAUGUACUAAGAACAUGAGCUGUUCUAAGCGAGUAGGAAUUACUGCAAUGUCAUCCAGGUUCCGGGUGUUUCGCAUCACAUACCGCUGCUUCAAUGACAUCUAUUCGGAGUAGAUCUCUUUAUUAAGCGUGCACCGCGUUUGUUCCGCUGACUUUUAUAGUUCUUAAUCGGCGCAGCCACAGACAAGGUGUGUAUGUGUAUACAUUUCAGCCUUAGUAAUUUAGUCUGUGAGCAUUUGAGCUUCAGUGAGUCUAUGAGCAUUAAUGUGUGACCGUAAAAAUGUCUAUUUACGUAGGAUUGGAAUAUCUUUUUCCGCCUGCCAUAUCAUAUAUAUUUUUUUUUAAUCAUCAAAAAAUCGACUGCCGAUUUGCAGUGUCAGCUCUUCAUCAUAAUGGACUUUUGGAAUUUAAUAGAUGAGGCAAUAGAAAACCUUCGGGCCCGAAAAUGUCGCCCGGAUGUGGACAAUAUCUUGGGCAUCCUCAUUAAAAAAAAAUGUCUAAUUACAAAAGACGGCCUUGAACAUACCCUCGAGCAGUUGGAGAUCCAAAACAAAAUUUACCGUUACAAAUUCAAAGGGCGUAUAAGCUAUCGCCAGACGGCCCAAAUGACUGCGCGCCAUAGCGGGAAGCUCGACGAACACGGAUCAUGCGAUAACGCCGGUUCAUACAGCUCGGACACUGAGGAGGAUUCUCAACCCGUCAAGAACGGAUCUGGUGCAGAGUUAACCAUCGGCGAGGACACGUGCGGACGUACGGUUUCAGAUCAAGUGACCAUCGAAGAUCGUCUCAAAGGUUUAACGCAACUAAGUUCGGCGGUGGGCACAAGCUCUGAUUCAGAUUCGCCGCAAGAGCGUCAUAAAUCAGAGAAAAAGAGAUCAGCUGAGAAGAGCGAAAUUAAGAGUUUCGAAGAGACCAAGGCACUUUCCAACUUGAAACGCAAUGCAUCUACAAACGACAUGGCCCGAGUAAGCGGCCGUAAGCGCAUAAAAAAGUCCCAUGGGCCUGAUUUUCAGACAGACAUUUUACACAUCGACUGCAAGCUACAACUCAGUACGUGCGCUAUCUGUCAAAAUAAAGACCAUGACCGACACCUGCUGCAGUGCUCUGCCUGCAAAGUUUACGUUCACGCUUCUUGUCUGCAGUUAACCGAGCGAUCAAUCCUGAAGAUUUCUGCAAACAAACAGUUUUUCUGUCUUCGCUGUAAGCCAUGCAAAUACUGCCAUAUCGCCCUCGAAACAAUUCAAGGUCUGAAUGAUUCAGCCAAUUCGCUAACGAAAAUCAUCGAAGGAAACGACGUUGUAUAUUGUUCUCAUUGUUACUCGGUGUUUCAUCUCAACUGCAUCCGGCCAGCACUAAACAGCAAACCCAAAGGAACGCCUUGGAUGUGUAGAAGAUGCACGUAUGAGAUGAACAAAAGACAUCGAGCAAAAGAAAGUAUAUUUCCCACAGCAGCGGAAACGGAGGCGGUUACCAACGAAAUGUCAUCUUCAGCUAUCAAGGCCAAUUUGAAGUUAGAACGGGAGAAACAGCGACGAGAUUCGAAACCUCGAGAUUUGAAAACCGAUAGUGAUGGCUCACUUUUGCAGACGAGUGACAUAAACACCAGGUCAACCCAAGGUAUCCGCUCAGCUCAGAUCAAUCGGCAAAAUUGUGACACCUGCUCAAGUGCCAUGGAUAUUCAGGAUAACGUUCAAGUGCCAACAAUAGAUAGAACCAGUGAAAAAUUUGGCAUUAAUGGUUGCAUGGACAGUAAUAAUAACGAUAACGGUAAAUGUGAGGUCGCGUCGUCUCUGAAGACAGAGAAGUGUAGUGGCAAAAAGCAAAGCGUGGGUUUGAAAAAGGUUUUCGUUAACGAUAAGGACUCUGAGUUGCGAAAGAAACUACUGGAAAGCAUGCUACCAUCGCCAGGCAGCAUCAACAAAAAGGUGGCCGGUAGCAUAGAUAACAAUAACAACAAAACGAGUAAGGUCGACGAGGAUCAGGUUGAUCGGGAUGCGCCAUGGCAGCAAGCUGUUUCUGAAAGCAGUGAAUCGACUUGCACCAUCAAAACCGAAGUUCCCCUGCCCGACUCACUUAGGUUCAAUAACAAUCUUCGGUGUGCUGAUCAACCUCCUAUUGUUUCUGAAAACCUACACGCCUUUACCCCAAGUAUCUCACCGGUAGCUGGUAGUUCGCUUGGGAAGAGCGAAAAAUCUUUCGUAAGUCUGCCAGUUUACUUUGAUAUCAACAGCAACGAUAUAGGAGAUCAUGCUACCUCUAUGACCACACCCUUACCGUUGCGGACUGUAACUCCUUCGAUUGGCUCACCUCACUCAUCGAUAGGAUCAGACACCGACAAACCUAUAAAUACGGGGACUUUGGCACAAUUUGCGAUUGACUAUCCAGACGUGUCAGCAUGGAGUGCUGUAAAGGUGGCUGACUUCUUUUCUGACAUAGGAUAUGUAAAUGAAGCGAAGGUCUUCGUUGAGCAGGAAAUUGAUGGAGCUUCUUUACUACUUCUCCAGCGUACCGAUGUUCUGAGCAUCCUCGGUUUAAAGCUGGGUCCAGCUUUGAAAAUGUUUCGCCACAUCCAUAGUUUACAAGAUGCGGCGGCUUCCUACUAGGCCACAAUUAGAUAUCUUGUAUAGGCUUAUUAUUCUAUUCAAGUCAGUUUUUUUUAGCUGCCGUUAAGGUGCAACAGAAAAAAACAGUUACCUAAGAGCUUUAUAUAACUAAAUAUUAUACGAAAUGUUAUAAUUUUCGAUGGAACAACACGAAAGUUUCCCUUACAAAAUCUCUUAUAGGGAAGGGCAAUUAUGUAAGAUUACUGUAACACUUGAAUUGGUAUAAAGCUUGCUUGAUUAAACCCAGCAAGAACAUGUUUAUAUAUAGGUAAAGAUGCUUGCUAUGGCAAACAUUUUUACCGACAACUAUACAAGAAAAGAGUUGCAAUGAGUACUUGAGUGAAUAUUUUUGGCCGUCGUAAAACCUUAAGUGUGUGGGCGGUUUCAUGCAUAGUGCCACUGCCCGCUAAAAUGGUGAUAUCUGUCGUGAUUAUUAGCACCUAUAGAACGAGCAUAAGAAUCUCAUUCAACACCAUCUCGUUUUUGGCAGACGUUGUUGAUGUGCAUAGCACUCGUUCAAUGAUGUGCAUAUUUUGCUAUACAUCCUUCAUAUACAUGUUUGUAUGAUACUGAACACAUGCUAUUAACUCUGAAAAAAAAAUAGAAAGAAGGAGGAAAUUUAGCUUCCACACAUUCAGGAGUCGAAGAAAAGUUACGAGAAAGAAAGAUCGUCGGCAGUACUCUUAAUUACUUGGAUUUAAAAAUUAAUUUUUACCUUUUGUUAUCCUCCCUUGUCAAGAAAAACGAUAUGACAGAACAUACAAUACAUGCCAAAAUAUAGCAUGGGUUAAUUACUACUACCAGCUAAGGAGUAGCUGCUUGAAUAUAAGACAGCUCGUCCACGGAUAUGCUCUGUUUGACACAGCUUAUCGACUAAACCACACGGGUCACAGUGUAGGGUGAUACUCUCAUCAGACAAAAACGCUAAAGAAGAUACGCAUUUGGAGGGGUUACCGAAUUGCUUUGAAGGGAAACUACUGCCUCAACCCGAUGAAACCAGACGUUGGGUGAUUCCGAUCAAAGACGGCACGUGAUGCUGCGCAUCUGUUAGCGUACUCGCAAGUGAGACAACGGCUUGUUGUAACAUAUGUUGUAUUCUUUGUGACUGACUAAAAAUACCCAAACUGUGCAUAGGAUAUUUCAAAUCUACGCGAAAUCACCAUUAUUAGGUACUUCGUGUUAUGAAUAGCACACGAUAACUGCCAUUAGCCAAAUGUCAUUUCCAAUCAAGAGCAAAUAUCUACGUCUAUUUGUUAUAAACAUAAACUGUAUAUUAUUAGUAGAAGUAACCUUAACAGAGAGAAUAAGACGACCAUAAAAGGCCGUGGCGCUAGCUCCUAUUGUGCGAUACGAGAGAACCGUUAUUAUACGCGGCACAUUUAUUAUUAUUAUAUGAUAUAUGAACUCGUUGGUAAACUCGCGCACGUUAUGAAUGAAAAAGACAAAGAAUGAAGCCCGCCGACAGAAUCGGUGGAAGAAAACAUUUUUGUGCAAUUAUUGUUAAUAAACUAUUUUUGGAGAUCAUUUGCAAAAAUA